CUUGGACUCCCCCACGUCCCUCGAAAGCACCCGCAAUCAAGAUUGCCCUUCAUUCAGCACCAUGUUCGGACAGUCGCUUGCGACCUCAUCACUGACCGGGCGCGAGGAGCCUGAUCUGCAGACUGUGAAGGACACACUUCUAGCUGUUUUCCCGCUUUCGCCUCACGAUAUACUCGACGUUCAACCAUACCUUUUACGUGCUGAACCUGAGAUCACCAAUUACCAGGCCGAAAUCGAUCGCGUAUCUCUGCACUCGCGCACAGAGAGGUUUGUUGAACUCGAACGCAAAAGGAACGAGCUCGCACGCAUCCACGGAGAUGCUGUCUGGCGAUGCGCUCCAAUCAGCCGCCUCGUACCCGAUAUCCUGACCGAGAUCUUCUGCUUCGUACGAGACGCAGACGAGUACUCGUUGCGGGAUUGCAAAUCGGUCAUCCUACCACUCGCUCAAACCUGUCGGCUUUGGAGACAGGUCGCAUUCUCUCAUCCCUUGCUUUGGGCGUCCAUCAAAGUGUGUUCUAUUCGCUGGUGGGAGGACCAUGACGAUCCAGGCUUUCACGACCACGUCGCCCGCGCCGUCAGAUUCCACCUUGAUAGGGCCGGCGACGUAUCGCUCUCCAUUUGCAUCGAAUGCAACCCUUGCUCAGCCUGUGAUGCGCUACUCGCUGUGCGCCAUCGCUGGCGCGAGUGCUGUAUACGAAAGCUCACUGGCGAAAGUGAUGCGCGUGUACAGCCCGCGCAUUACCCCUCUCUCGAGCAUCUCGAACUCGACCUGUACCAAGCAUCCCACACAUUCGAGGAUUCUCCGCGCCUGCGUUCAUACAAAGGGCACAUCGUCGACAUCUAUCUUCCCUGGAGGCAGCUCACCAGGCUGACCAUUGUGCAAGACAUUCCGAGCGACGAACUUCUCGCAUCCGUUCUGAGCGAGUGCGGUGGCCUCGAAUUUCUCAAGUUCGACCUCUGUAUGGGAAUAGAACAGAGUCAGCCCAUCGCGAUCCACACCAGAUUCAAUCUCCCUUCGCUGCGUCAAUUGAAUCUGACGUGCUGGAAUUGGAGAGCCAUGGCAUCGCACAUCUUGCUCUCCGUGGCAGCUCCUGCUCUCGAGUCGCUCGAAUUUUGCGUCAGGAUGGAGAGCGAUAUCCUUGUCGGUGUCGUAGAUCCAUUGGCAGAGUUCCUCUCACACUGCGUCGCUCUACGCGCUCUGACCCUGAAGAACAUCCUGCUCGGUCGACACGACCUUCACCGCGUCCUCGGAUACGUCACGAACGUGGAACACCUUGUCUGGUGGGAUCUAGGGAAAUGCACCUCGGCGAACUUGCUGAGGAUGCUAUCUCCGCCACCCCCUCCUCGGCCCGUUCCUGACGGUGCGGGCGACGUCUGCGAAGACCCCAUCCUCCCUUUCCCUCACCUCGUCGCUAACGAAGACUCGGAGUCUGACGAUGACGGAGACUUGGACAAUGACCCCAUGGACGGUUUCGGUGGCGCGCUCCUCCCUCGCCUCUCCUACCUCGAGAUAAGCGGAGGGCUCUCGCCUCGUGAGCAGCUCAAGCUCAUCGAGCACGCGGUAGUCUCGCGCGCACUACGAAGGGAUGACUCGACCGACGUCCCUCCCUUGCGGCACGUCAUCCUCGAGCUCAUCGGAGCGAGUGAAAGCUGCGAUUCGUGGUCCGCUGCCCUUCUGAACCGGCAAUUGCCGGGAGUGCAAUUGAUGAGCGCGCGUGCAGCGCUUGACCUGAACCAUCAUCAUUCCCAGCCCCCUUCGUUCUCCUGGCCCAAUCCCAGGCUUCUUAUCCCUCGAUAUAUUGCUCAACAUACGAUGACUGGCUACGACAAGCCAAAAUUCAUGUUCCCCGAGGUUCCGCUAUGCCGGCAGAUGGUCCUCCACACCUCGAACAUCACAAAUGAUUGUUACCGCAUCCAAUACCGUCUUUCGGGACUGGGGUCACGACGCGGCUUACGCGGGAUCGCCCAUAUCACCUUGCGAGGCGUUGGCAACCACGUGUUAUGCGUGGCAGAUACCAUCGACGCGUGCUUCCAGGUCUUCCUCGCCAUACGGCGGGCCAUAGGGUCUGCGGAUACACCAAUCGAGUCUGAUUUGGAAACAAUAUACAGCCGCUACGAGACAUUUAUUCGUCUUCUCGACAAGCUCACGUCUAUGGAGCACCCUACAAUACGCAAUUUGGACUCCUUGCAGCAGUAUAUCGACAAGAAGCUAGCUUACCCGCCGAUUGUUCACACCCUUGUCAUGCGCAUCACGCCUAAUUGGAGCCAUAGGACAAUCGUCCUUACCCAGGUUCCGCCGCUAAUUUGCGCGGUCCGCACCAGCAUGAAGGACAUCGCAGCCCUAACCGCCGACCUCACGAUUCAGGGCCGAGCAAUGCACGAGCGCUUUGCUCUUCCGCGGCUGGCCGAGGUCAAGGCGCUCCCGGCCGGAGUACGUGACGAAGUUGGCUGGCUUUUCAGUCAGUCCUUGAGUGGUCUAGCUUUCUGGGGGGACGACGCGAAGGUGCAUGGGUCCGUAAUACUAGGAGCAGCGUAUCAAUUGAUUCCGCGUUUGCCGGCUCUUCGAUUUGUAUUGUUGGUUAUCAUGUAA